UUUCUUUUUCUUUUCUUUUCUUUAUCAUAUUAUUAUAUAGAAGUUGAAAGAAAACAAUAGAAAAUCCUUCUUUUUAUCAUUAUUAUAGAAUCAAACAAUAAGAAAUGUCUUCUCAUGAACGUACAUUUACCAAAGCACCUCGAUUCAAUUAUAGACAAAGUAAAAUCAUGACUCCUAUGGAUCAAUCUAAUUCAUCCUCAUCUUGUUCUUCUCCUUGUUCUUCUGAUCAUGCUAUAAAUGCUUCCCCGACCCUGGUGGAACCUUAUUGUGCAGCACCAGUACCAGCAUCACCAACAUCAACAUCAAUUGCAGCACCAGCAGCACCAGUAUUGACAACAACAACAACAACAACAUCAUCAUCAUCAUCAUCAUCAACGUAUUCAUGUCAAGAAGAAAAUCAAAACAACCAUAGUAUUCAAGAUGACACAAUUCCAUCAUUAUCUAGUUCUUUAUUAUUACGAAAAGCAACAUCACAAUCAUCUAUGGACCUCAGCUCAUUAUUGGAAUCAACUUCUAUUGGUCAUCGUGAAGAUAUAGUACCCAGAUCAACCAAGUCAGAACCUUAUCCAACCACACAUGCAUCUAGAAAGGAAGAAUGGCAUAAAAAGGAAGAAAAUCAAUUGGAAGAAGAUAUGGAUACCACAGACCAAAUAGAAUCAUGGAUGAAUAAUAGCAGUAAAUGGAAUACCUUGUUAGAAAUCAUUACCAAAACUAUUCAUCAAGAAUUGAAUCAUCAUUUGUUGACUAAUGAAAACAAUAGCAACCUGCAAAGAACCGUUAUCAAGUCUCUUGACAAGACUACUAAACAGAAAAAUGAGGGCGACGACACCCCGCCUGUGUUACCAUGGUGGCAACAGCGGCACGUGGCGCUAGAACAAGUAGUGACCUCUCAACAAACAGUAUGCAUGAAUACCAUGGGACAGCUUGAAAAACGAAUUCAAUCAUUGGAACGGGCUCAUCAAAAACAGAAUCAAAAGCAAUUGGUAGAUCAAGAAAAUGAUAGUUAUAAUGCACUGCACGCACGUUACAUGGACUUAGUGGCACAACAUUCACAACAACUAGAAAAAUAUCAACAAUUAGAGCAAGCUCAUAUCUCACAAUCUACUCAGUUACAGUCAUUGAAGUUACAGCAGCAAUCGUCACCUUCAUCUCCUGCAACUAAUCAACAUCAGUACGACCAAAGAAAAGUUGGGUGGGUAAAACCUACUACGACAAUGGAUCGGCAUCAACAACGGAAUGACUCGUCUCCCGGAAUUGUUUCACCAUCUACAAGACUCAAUGCAACCGUCACUCCAUCCAAGCAAAAAAUAUACCAACCUACCAUGUUACCCACACCCAAUGCAUCUCCUACCACCAAUUUACCUGCGUCUCCUCCUACCAAUGGCAUCAAAACAACAACAACAACAGUCAACCAUGGUCUCUCAACCCCAGCAACCACUCCUCCAUCUCCUCCCUUCAAUAACAACAACAACAGUAAUCAUCAUCAAUCAGUCAAACUUAGUGAUGGUUAUGUGGAAUUUAUGACAGAAUGUAAUGGUCAACCUGCGCUUUGUCGGGUCAAGCUUCCGAAAGAUAUUAGGUCUGUUGAAAACAAGCAUAACAACAACAACAAUAACAACAACAACAACAACAACAGAGCAUCUUCUACAUAUGAUCGGUCAAUCACUUAUCAACAUAAUUACAAGAAAAACAACAACAACAACAAAAAUACCAUUCAUUCCUAUACUUUUCCUCAACAACAACAUUAUCAAUGUCGUCAAGUAAUCUCUACUGUUCGUCCACAUUAUUUGCAUCAUCAUUAUCCUCAACAACAACAACAACAAUAUUGUUCACAUACACCCUAUUAUCCUCAUUAUCAGCAACAACGUCAUCGUCAACAAAAAUAUAAAUAUCAUCCCUCUACGCAACAACAAAAGCAACAAUGGAUAUCAACGGAAAAUGGUGAUAUGAUAAGCAAAUCGUUGAAUCCAUAUGCACCAGUUUGGAAUGGAGCAUGGAAAAAACAAACUCAAUAUUAGUUAGGUUUUUAUUUUUCAAUAUAGAAAUCUUUUUUUUUUUUUUUUGUG